GGAGCGACGGAGGGAAGCGGAGCCCCAACAGCGCGGAGAGGAGAGUAGCCGCGGUUUGGGUCGGUCAGGGCCCGGGAGGCUGGCGCCUGUCGUCCUGAGUCGGGACUCUGGGUGUCCCGCCAGCUGCCUGGGGCCCAGGCGGGAGCGCGCGAGGAGCCGGGGGCGGGCGCGCGGGACGGGGAGGGGGUCGGUCCGCUGCGCUGCUUCUGCUGCAUUGCAGCCUCCUUCCCUCCUGCCGUCCGUCCAUCUCUCCCUCCCUUCGCGUCUGGCGCGCUGUACAAUGGCGGCUCCCAGCCCUGGUCCCGGCUCUGGCUCCGGCCCCGGGUCGCAGGCGGCGCAGACGACAGUCAGCAGCAUGCAGGGCUUUCAGAUAAACUUCUGUGAAAAAGCACAAAGUAAGCGCAGAGCACUGAAGCUGAAUUUUGCAAAUCCACCUUUCAAAUCCACAGCACGAUUUACUUUGAACCCCGGAGUUCCUUUUCAGAAUCCACACAUUGAUACUCAAGCAACAAUGGGUAGUAAUCACAUUGCCCCGUUCACGUUCAAAAGGAGAGAGGCGGAGAUGAUCGUGAAACUUUCCAGCAGGCUACAAGAGAGACUGAGAACACACAGCAUUGAAUCAUCAGGAAAAUUGAAGAUUUCCCCUGAACAACAUUGGGAUUUUACUGCAGAGGACUUGAAAGACCUUGGAGAAAUUGGACGAGGCGCUUAUGGUUCUGUCAACAAAAUGGUCCACAAACCAAGUGGGCAAAUUAUGGCUGUUAAAAGAAUUCGGUCAACAGUGGAUGAAAAGGAACAGAAACAGCUUUUAAUGGAUUUGGAUGUAGUAAUGCGAAGUAGUGACUGCCCGUAUAUUGUUCAGUUUUAUGGAGCACUCUUCAGAGAGGGUGACUGUUGGAUCUGUAUGGAGCUCAUGUCUACCUCGUUUGAUAAAUUUUACAAAUAUGUAUAUAGUGUAUUAGAUGACGUUAUUCCAGAAGAAAUUCUAGGCAAAAUCACUUUAGCUACUGUGAAAGCAUUAAACCACUUAAAAGAAAACUUGAAAAUCAUUCACAGAGAUAUUAAACCUUCCAAUAUACUUCUGGACAGAAAUGGAAAUAUUAAACUCUGUGAUUUUGGCAUCAGUGGACAACUAGUAGACUCCAUUGCCAAAACCAGAGAUGCUGGAUGUCGGCCAUACAUGGCACCAGAGAGGAUAGAUCCUAGUGCAUCCAGGCAAGGAUAUGAUGUCCGUUCUGAUGUCUGGAGCUUAGGGAUUACAUUGUAUGAGUUAGCCACAGGACGGUUUCCCUAUCCUAAGUGGAAUAGUGUAUUUGAUCAGCUGACACAAGUGGUCAAAGGAGACCCUCCGCAACUGAGCAACUCAGAGGAGCGGGAGUUCUCCCAAAGUUUUAUCAACUUUGUCAACUUGUGCCUUACAAAGGAUGAAUCCAAAAGGCCAAAGUACAAGGAACUUCUGAAACAUCCCUUCAUCCUGAUGUAUGAGGAACGAACAGUGGAUGUUGCAUGCUAUGUUUGCAAAAUCCUUGAUCAAAUGCCAACAACUCCCAGCUCACCAAUGUAUGUUGAUUGAUACUGCUGCUAUAUCAAAACUCUAGUGCAAGUGCUGAGAGAAAGCAAGAUGUACAGAAUCUUCACCCCAUAUUGCAGUGUUUUAAUGCUCGCCCAGACACCAUGUGCAAUAAUGUUGGUGUUUCUCCUCCAUUCUGUCUGUAUAUUAUUGUCACUUACAAAGUGCAUCCAUGUAAUAGCCGAUCUCACAGUGUUAGUGUCAAGUCAAAGAGAGACUUUGUUUUGCUCUUUUUGUGGACAUAUACAUAAAAUGUAGAAAUAAGUAACAUUUUAUUUGUUGGCCAUGAUUGGAUAGCACCUAAAGUUAAGUUCUAAACUCAGAAACUUCUCAGCAGCUACUGGAGGGAUUUUAUUCUCUAAACUCUUCCAAUUGCUACAAAUAAUUUAAAGGAAAGGAAGUUAGUUGUUGGUCUGUCUGAUUCCAAAUAUAAAAAACUCUGCCUGGAGAGAGAGUAACUUGUGCAGCCAAAUGAGCUACUUUAACCUUCUGGAGCUAGCAAAGGCAAACGGGGGAUAAUAUAUAAAUAUAAAUAUAUAUAUAUAUAUAUAAAUAUAUUUUUCUUCACAAAGUGCAAUAGAUUGGUUUGAAAUUCUGUUGCUUUUCAGCCACAGUGUAUAUUUUUAGGACAGUGUGGCUCAGCAGAACUUCAUAAUGUUGGGGAAGGAAGGAGUGAUCAUGUAAAAUGGAUUAUUUCUUUACCAAAAACAUUCAGUGCAUUGAAAGAGCUAACAAUUCAACUUAUAAGAGAGGGAGAAUAAUGUAUUCUUUUACUUUCCAAGGAAACCAGUCUUCAGCAGAACUAGGUAUCCUACAAACUGUUAACCGAUGAGAUAAAAUUUUGAACUGAGGAAUUAUUAAACUAUUCAGUGGAAUUUAACCGGCUUGUGACCCCUGAUUUCUAACUGUAACCUGCUGUUUAGCUGGCUAACUUUCACAUUUGGAAAGGGCACUGGAUGGCCUGCAGUUGUGAAGAGCUGUAUUGCGUUAUUAAAGAACUCCAGGUGUGGCUUGGAUCUCUGCUUCGUGUCUGAUACCCAGUAUGAAAUCAGAUAAGCAUCCUUCCUCCCUCCCUCCCUCCCUUUCAGUUAGAUACUUGUACUUCCAAAAUCACUGCAAAAUGGUGCUAAUUAGUUUGAUGUUCUUUUGAUGAUGAAUUCAUUCUCUACUGAAUUAUCCUGAAAAUGGAAUUCAGUUUUAUGAUGGCUUAUUGAAAAAAUCAUGGGAAAAAUUGCGAGGAGUUGACACCGACCUGAUGGCACAUAAUCGAUAAUAUAAGGGAAUUUAUGUAUUGAAUUCUUCAAAGACAGAAUGACAGAACAAGGAAUUUUAAUAAGAAUAUUGUCAAUCCAAGAAAAAAAAGCCAUAUAAAAUUAACUGGUAUUCAUUUUUUCAGCUAUAUUUGAUGAAAUACUCAUUUCUAAGUGACAGCAGAAAGGAAGUGACCCUUUUAAGACACAACAGAAACAAGAUCUUAUUUCUGUAGCCAGUUAAUUCUUACAUUUCUAGUUUACCAACUGGUUAAUAAUCUUUCAACAGGAAAAGCAAUCAAGUCAAAACAAAAACCUUGCAAGAACAUACGAAAUAUCAAAUGAGAUACCUGUUUGAAUGGAAUUUGGACUUUAAUAAUGCAGUAAUUCUUCCUUUUGGUCCUUUCAGGCGAAAAAUGUACAGAGCCUCCCAGCCUGUGCAUAUCAGUUUCCUGUUGGCUCUUCCUUGUCUUUGCCAAAAAAUGAACAAUUGUUAUAGAGCCCCCUUUCCCAAUUCUAUUAUUUGUGUAUAUAAGCAGAAUAUUUCCAUGCAGUUGAUCAGGAAAUGGAGGUAGCUUUCGACGCAGGCUCAGUGCGAUGGACAGUUUUAGCAUAUUAAUCAUAGAUUGUUAUAAUAUACUAUUAAGGGUGCAGCAUUUAUAUUACAGUGUAUGUUUAUAAAGAUGUAUAGUGUUCAGAAGCUGUGAAAAUAGUGUAAGAACUGUACAUUGUGAGCUCUGGUUAAUUUUUUUUUUCUUGUACUAUAGAAAAAAAUGUAUAAAAGUUUAUUGAUAAGCUGAUGUGCAGGGAUAUUGCCUAAUCGUCUGUAAGUAAAAUGGAGUUUCACAACAUGAUGGCUUUUAAGAGCUUCCAACUAUUUUAUCUUUUCCUGAAUUGACUUCCUGUUCUAUUUAAAAUAUUCUACAUGGAAUCAAAGUGUUAAUGUAAUAGUUCUAUUUUUUUCGCCUGCAGGUCAGUUGUAAUAAAUCAAGAAUGCAACUUA